AUUUUUCCUGCCGCCAUUUUGUCAGGCAGUGCUGCAGGCGGCUGCUCUCUUUAGACAGACGGGAGGAGUGUGCGGUACAGCGGGAGAGAACAGGGAGCAGCACCGUGGAUUCCCUCUCUAGUAGUGAGAAGAUGAUGGCGUCUGGAGAAGUCCCAGCUGAGCAAGCUGCUGAAUAUGUUCCGGAAAAGGUGAAGAAAGCGGAAAAGAAAUUGGAAGACAAUCCGUAUGACCUUGAUGCAUGGAGCAUUCUCAUUCGCGAGGCACAGAAUCAGCCUAUAGACAAAGCACGGAAGACGUAUGAGCGACUUGUUGCCCAGUUCCCGAGUUCUGGCAGAUUCUGGAAACUUUACAUUGAAGCAGAGGUAAAAGCAAAAAAUUAUGACAAAGUUGAAAAGCUGUUUCAGAGGUGCCUCAUGAAAGUCUUGCACAUAGAUCUGUGGAAAUGCUACGUGUCCUAUGUGCGAGAAACCAAAGGGAAACUGCCAAGCUACAAAGAGAAGAUGGCACAGGCGUAUGACUUUGCUCUUGAUAAAAUUGGCAUGGAAAUCAUGUCCUAUCAGAUAUGGGUCGACUACAUCAAUUUCCUGAAAGGAGUAGAAGCGGUGGGAUCAUAUGCCGAGAACCAAAGAAUUACAGCUGUGCGCAGAGUCUACCAGCGAGGCUGCGUCAACCCCAUGAUUAACAUCGAACAGCUGUGGAGGGAUUACAACAAGUAUGAAGAGGGCAUCAAUAUCCAUCUGGCAAAGAAAAUGAUUGAAGACAGAAGCAGAGAUUACAUGAAUGCUAGAAGAGUUGCAAAGGAAUACGAAACAGUGAUGAAAGGUCUAGAUCGCAAUGCUCCUUCCGUGCCCCCUCAAAACACACCCCAGGAAGCACAGCAGGUAGAAAUGUGGAAGAAAUACAUACAGUGGGAGAAGAGUAACCCUCUGCGAACAGAGGACCAGACCCUAAUAACAAAAAGAGUUAUGUUUGCUUAUGAGCAGUGUUUGUUGGUGCUGGGACAUCAUCCGGACAUCUGGUAUGAAGCUGCACAAUACCUUGAACAAUCUAGCAAGCUGCUUGCUGAAAAAGGGGACAUGAACAACGCUAAACUUUUCAGCGACGAAGCUGCCAAUAUCUAUGAGCGAGCGAUCAGUACACUUCUAAAGAAAAACAUGUUGCUGUAUUUUGCCUACGCAGACUACGAAGAGAGCCGAAUGAAGUAUGAAAAAACACACAGUAUAUACAACAGGUUACUCUCCAUAGAAGAUAUUGAUCCCACCUUGGUUUAUAUCCAGUACAUGAAAUUUGCCAGGAGAGCAGAGGGCAUCAAAUCUGGGAGACUGAUUUUCAAAAAAGCCAGGGAAGACCCUAGGACCCGACAUCACGUUUACGUCACUGCCGCCUUAAUGGAGUAUUACUGUAGCAAGGAUACAUCCGUGGCCUUCAAGAUUUUCGAGUUAGGGCUAAAGAAAUAUGGUGACAUCCCUGAAUAUGUUCUUGCCUAUAUAGACUAUUUGUCUCACCUUAAUGAGGACAAUAACACAAGAGUAUUAUUUGAACGAGUUUUAACGUCUGGGAGUUUGCCUCCUGAAAAAUCAGGUGAGAUUUGGGCACGCUUCCUGGCCUUCGAAAGUAAUAUUGGAGAUUUAGCGAGUAUACUGAAAGUGGAGAAAAGGAGAUACACGGCAUUCAAGGAGGAGUAUGAAGGGAAGGAGACAGCGCUGCUUGUGGAUAGAUACAAGUUUAUGGAUUUGUACCCCUGCUCCACAAGUGAACUGAAAGCUUUGGGAUACAAGGAUGUAUCAAGAGCCAAACUGGCAUCCCUAAUCCCAGACCCGGUGGUAGCUCCAUCUAUAGCUCCUUCACUGAAGGACGAUGUUGACCGAAAACCAGAGUACCCCAAACCUGACACAAGUCAGAUGAUCCCCUUCCAGCCGCGACAUUUAGCCCCACCUGGACUCCAUCCUGUUCCUGGUGGUGUAUUCCCAGUCCCUCCAGCUGCAGUCGUCUUAAUGAAGCUGCUUCCUCCCCCAAUUUGUUUCCAGGGCCCGUUUGUGCAGGUUGAUGAGAUCUUGGAAGUCUUGCGGAGGUGCAAGCUGCCAGACACAGUGGAUGAAGCAGUGAGGAUCAUUACCGGGGGCCAGGUGGAGAUGAACUUAGAGGGGAACGGACCAGUCGAAGUCAACGCGAUACUAAAUAAAUCCGUGAAAAGACCCAACGAGGACUCGGAUGAUGACGAAGAGAAGGGCUCAGUGGUCCCUCCCGUCCAUGACAUAUACAGAACCCGGCAGCAGAAGAGAAUCCGGUGAAGAUUCUUCCUU